AAACAGUUUUUACGAAAAAAAGAAAAGGAAAAGUGAUUAUUUUUUUUCUUGAGAGAUUUAAAUUGAAACUGAAAAAUAAAGUUGAGGUAAAAGGUAUUACAUGUAAGAUGCUAUUUAUCUGACUGUAUUUAAUACACUGUGACAAACCACAUGGUUAACAUUGUUCAUUGUGACCCCACAUGGAAUUCAAUUUGAUGGUUAUAACUCUUGCAAGUUGUUUAUUUGCUUUCUUACACUAUUAUUGUCAUGAUAGUCAUCCUUUACAUGUAAUAGUUGAUUGCUGUUAUAAGAUGUUCAAAUUGAACAAGAAUAAUGAUUCAUAGAGAAGACGAGAAAGAAUUGUUAAGAAGAAGAAGAAAAAACAAGUUUAAAUCACAAGAAUAACUGGCAAGAUGAAAGAUGAAGAUAAAAGUGAAGAUGAGAAAAGAUUAGUUUCCAUUCUUGUUAAGGUAAAGGAGAAGCCAUUAAAACAAAAUGUUAGUGUUGAUUUUACAGUUUGUUUUUUGGGUUGCAAAGAGUUGUAAAGGUUUCCAAUGUAAAAAUUGUUGGUUGGAAAAAGAAACGUUCAAUUGUUUCCCUUUUCAACUUUUCAUGUUUAAUCAGGAAAAAAUGAACUCGACUCGAGUCGAGAUAGUUACCAAUGGAACCAAUGGUUAAAGAUUUUUUCAAAAAAAAUUCUUCUUUGGCAACAUUUUUGCCGAUCAAAUUCAAAGUUUGUCUGGUUUUCACUGAAACCAUUGUUUCAAACAGAAUCAGUGGAAAGUGACAUUAAUUCACCUUCUUCUCAAUCUUGUAAAUGAUUGAUGAAGAGUGAUUAACUUUUUGUUUAAGGAAAAAUUUCAAUUCCUUUAAGGCUCAUGAUAUUUCUGGCUAACAAUUCACCACAAACUUGAUUUACACACUUUGUGAUGGUUGACUUUUCUUGCUUUAAAAGACCUUUUCUUUGGCUUCGCCAAGGCAACAUUUUCAACAUUUUUUUCCCUUCGAUUAAAUAUAAAUCAAAAAUUAAUCGUCAACUUUUCAAGUAGAUAUUUCAUUACAUGGUAAAACUAUUUCCAUUGUGAUUCUUGUCAUGAGGAAAGCAACAUGAAAAGAAGUUUAUCUUCAAAAUUUGUUAACUGUUACUUGAGCUUUUCUUUGUUCAAAACACAUUGUUUUGUCCUUUUUUCUUCAUCUUAUUGUGAAGAUGAUUUUUCUUGUGAAAUCUGUAUUUUCUGUUAAAAUUUUUGAUCAAUUUUCAAUUUAAUUUUGAUUAAUUCAUAAUAAAUAGAGAUGAAAAGGAUGGUUAAAAGGCGCAGAAUCUUUUGCCUGAAUGGAUGACUGAGUUGAGUUGAACUGGGAGUGAGAAGUUGGGAGUGAAAAAAGAGUUAUCCUUUCAAAGUCAAACUUUUUUUCGCUCUUCUUCUUUUUCUUGUUUCACUUCUUUGUUGAUCAUCAUCAACACACAAACACAGUUAACUAAAUCAUUCUCAUGUCUUUAGCAGAAGUUUUUCAACUCUAACCAACAAUUUCUCAUAAAAAGUGACUCUUUUUUUUACUCUUGCAAUCAUGAUUUGACCAGAAGGUUGAGAAAGGACGAAAGAGUGAAAGAGAGAAAACAUUUUCUUUCCUUUUCAUCAUUCACCAACUUAUCAUUUUACUACCUUUAGAUACUGAAUUUCUUUCUCAUCGUCAAAGUCAUCUUCUCUUCUUCUCUUUCUCUUCCACUUUCCCUUUUUCCCUCUGUAAAGUUAUACUCAGCUCAUGUCAAGAAUCCAAGAAGUUAUUUCAGUUGACAUUGAUCAAGCUAAAACAAACACCUAAACUUUGAAACAGAAGCAAAGAGAGAGAGAACAAGAAAAAAAAGACGAAAAGGAAAAUCAAGACUGAUUUUCCAUGAAAAUAACUAGAAAAGAAGAAGAAGACGAAAAAGAAAAGGAAUGAAAAUGAAGAGAAUGUGAUAUUUUCCCUUGCUUUUACCCUUAAAUCUCUUUAUUUUUGUCCCUCUUUCCGUGAUAGAAAAAAAACCUUCCAAAAAACUUGAAAAAUUUUUCAUUUCCAUUCAACUUUCAUAGGAUUGCAAGUCUAGAGUUUCAAUAUAAAUAGAGAAAAAGAAAAAAAGAAAAUCGUUUUUCCAGUGAAUUUGCUUGCCCAUCAUCUUAACUCUCUUUUACAAUAAUUCAGAAAUGAAAAGUUAAUUAUUGUAAUUGUUACCUGGAACGAGAAGGAGAAAAAAACAUUACAAGAUGGAAUAACAAGAGAAGAAAAGAUGUAAUUCAUUGAAAAACUUUUCGUUUCCUCCCUGUUAACCAGAAUAACAGUCUUUUCCUUCAAUUAUUAAAGUAAGAAGAGAGGAUAUUCAAUCAUCAUUACCAUCACUUUCAUCUUUAUCUUCACCUUUGUUACACCAGUUUAUUUCAAGAGCGUAAAGUUGAUGUUAGGUAAACUUGGAUAAAUGAAUUUACCAGUGAAAAGUUAUGUACACCAACGUUGAUCCAACAAGUGACUUAUCAUCAUCACCAUCACCAACAACAAUAUCAUAUCCAGUGUCAACCUCAUUUCACUCAUCAUUACUGUUUAAUCCAAAUGUGUCAACAGAAGUGCGCCUUCAUCAAUCUUCAUCAGCCUCAUUUAUAUCACCAUCAUCAUCAUUCUCAUCAUCACCAUUUACCAUUGCCAUCUCCUCGGCUCUUGGAGUGCUCAUCUUUUGUACCAUCUUGGGAAACAUUUUUGUCAUCUAUGCCAUCCUUUUUGAUCGCAUCUUGCGCCGAGUGGGCAACUAUCUUGUCCUCUCCCUGGCCAUUGCAGACUUUAUGGUUGCUUGUACAGUGAUGCCCAUCAGUGCUUUUUACGAGGUAACCGGUGAAUGGACUUUUGGCUCGUUUCUCUGUGAAAUUUGGAUCUCGGCCGAUGUCCUUUGUUGCACUGCCUCUAUCCUUCAUCUUCUUGCCAUCGCCUUGGACCGUUACUGGGCAGUAACCCGAGUAAAUCACAUCAAGGAACGAGACCUUUCCCUGGUUGGUAAAAUGAUUACCGCUGUUUGGACAGUUUCCCUUCUAGUCUCGUUAGCACCAGUCUUGGGCUGGAAAGAUCCACACUUUUUAAAGCGUCUAGAGGAGGAAAAGACUUGCCUCAUAUCACAAGACAUUGCAUAUCAAAUUUUUGCCACCGUUUCAAGUUUCUAUGCUCCUUUGGUAGUCAUUUUAUUUCUUUACUGGAAAAUCUAUAAGGUAAAGAUUGACAUUUUUCGUUUAAUGAUAACAUCAAUAAUUAUAUCAACAUCCAUCAUUUUCAAUUCAAACAGCAAUCAUAAAUAUAAUUCAAUCUGUUUUUUUUGCCUUCUCUCUGAUAUUCCCUUUGAACUUACCUUUUACUGCAUCUCAAAAUACCAAUUAUAA